AUGACAACUUUCAAAGCCUGGCCGUGUAAACGCGGCGAAACAACAUUAUUCUGUGUCGUGCGCAAGGACAGUCGAUCGCAGCGAGGCGCCGAAAAGCGUCGUGAGAGAUAUUCCAUGUUCUUGGAGCUUGGGAAUCGACCGCCGCAAGCCAUUACCGUCACCACCGCCAGCUUCAGUGCAUUAGAGAGUUUCUUUAAGAAGCCAUUUGGUAUCAGAUACAACGGCAAACGUCAUAUGCAGAUUUCGGCCAUGGAAGAUCAAAGCGCAGUGAACGAAGUACUAAACUAUAUUAUAAGCGAGGUAGAGUUGGUAAAUCCUAAUGAGCCAGGGACCAGUUCGGAGGAACCAAAGUAUAAAAGUGUUAGCUGUUAUUUAUCUAGUUUACCGGGAACAGUUUCAGACGAUAAAAUUGUAGCUAAAGUUAUGGAAGAGACUCUUUAUAAAGUACAAGAAGAAAUGCAGCACAUAGCAGCCAGUGUAGAAACGUCUAGCCCAUUUCAAAACGAUGCUAUUUCAACAGCUACAUCAAGUUUUGGUUUUAAAGAUGGAAAAUUCUCAUGUACAAAAUUAGCUCUCACAAAUUCCGGUCAAAGGAAAAUACAAUUCAGUAAUUUCUUUCAGCGUUUAAAGCGAAAAGCAUGCUUUUCUAAUUCUUCAGAAUAUGACAGAAUUGGACUUUUCAACAAAAAGAUUUGCCUGGAUCAAAAGUUCAAUGGAAAUACCAAAAGCAAGAAUUUAAUGUUUUCAGUUGAAUCACCAAUGUUCAUAUUCCAGUCUAAAUUUCUUAACCCAUACCAAAAUCAAGCAAAUCAAAUUUCAAAGCAAAAACCAAACACUCAAUUGCAAGAUGUACCCAAACAACUGGAAACCAAACACACAUUCGGAAAACCAUGCACAAAUCCCAUGCCACAUGUUACUGAAGCUUCUGUUACAAAAGCAAGCUACGGUGUAGUUAACAAUAUAGCUCCGGCUGUUAGUUUCAGCAUUACACCAGAAGUAGUUAACAUGCUUGGUCAAUUACUUGUUCCUACUGAAUCUUUACAAAUAAAACUUUUUACCCAAACUCCUACAUAUGUCACCAAUGUACAACCUAUUUUAAACAUCAGACCUUCUAAAAUUGAAAACUUGCAAACAGAGGAGUUACCGACUAAUGUUAAACCUGUUUCAAACACCUGUUCUUCUAAAAUUGAAAGCUUGCAAACAAAAGGGAUAUCCACUAAUGUUAAACCACCCCUCGCCGAAACUUCUAUUUCACACAACAUCCCAGAAAAGGCAGAAGAUCAAAAAUGGCUCAGCUUUGUAUCAAACGAAAGGUCAAUUAGUACAAUCACACCAGGUGUACAGGAGGAUUUCAGAAAAGUAAAUGAUGAUAAGCAAUCUCAAUUUUCUUUAUGUGGUGCUGGCAAUAUAACUGAAGAUUUCGUAAAAGUUAAUGAUGAUGAACCAACUCAAGUCUCAUUAUAUGAUGUUGGUAAAAUACCUGAUGGGGUCAUUAAAGUUAAUGCUGACAAACCCAAAGUCUCGCUGUCCAAUACUGGUCCAUUACCUGAUGAAUUUACAAAAGUAAAUAAUGAUAAAACAUCCCAAGUCUCAUAUGAUGCUGGUAAUCAAGAAGUUCCUUCAGCCAACCCAAUCUAUUCAAAUGAAAGUUCAGUUUUCAACAGUUAUGAUAGCUUGGAGAAGUUACAAUUAUUCCCGGAGUUGGAUAUGAAAUCUAACACUGCGUUAACUGCCAAUUAUACUAAUCAACAUCAAGAGCCAAUAAUUAACAUCUCUUCUGGUCAGCUUGUUCAAAGAGAUGUCAAGCUUGGUUCUAAAGAGUUGUCCUGGAAUCCUUGGGCUUGGAAGAAAAUGGGGUCAAUUGAAGAGAAAUGUGUUAUAAGUCAUGAAUCUUGUGAAGUGCUUCAACAUGAAACAGAAAACAUUGAGAAUGAUGAAAGAAUGAAAUAUUUACAAGAACAAUCUGUUACGGAUGCUGUUGUGCCUCAAUUUGGAAAAGAAGCAAAUCAAGAUGAACAUUAUGUGAACAUUACACCUCCACAAAGUUGCAACCUUAGACAUAAUGUUCCUGAUAUCUUAAUUCAAAGUAAUGAGAACUUUGACCAAGAACCUACAGUUAAAAGUUCUCCUGUUUUAUUUGAGGAUAUGCCACUUGAAGAUAACUCUUCUGAAAGCAAUCUUCUAACACCUUCCAAAUCACCAAUAUUCUCUAAUGCUCAAGAUGAUGGGAAAUCUCAGGAUAGCUCAAACUAUCUGAGGAACACACAAGAAAUCUUUGAAACUCUAACACAACAUGCAACGGUCCUUGAAACUGACCAAACUUCAAACCCUAAAGACAAAUUAUCUAAGCAACAAAUACUUGAAGAAGCAUCAAUUCUCAUACCCCCUACACAGUUUAAAGAUCUUGAUCAGAAAGUACCAGCAUGUAUUAAUGACUUGGAUGAUUACAUUGUACCUCCAUCAGAAAUGUAUGUUCCUGAUGCUGAUGAUAAAGAUACUUCUGAUGAUGAUUCUUCCCAAGAAGGGGUUUUUGAUGGAUUGCUUAACUAUGACAUUGGUUUCAGUAUGCGAAAACCUUUGACAGAAGCUCCAGCUAGAUUAAGUCGGGUUCAACCACUUGUAACUUGCAAUCGACCACGAAGGAUUGGAUUGUCCAGAAACCAAAGAGUUCCAAGCUUACAUUUACACAACAACUAUUGAAGUAUGUUUAUGCAUUUAAGUUUCCUUAGGUUUUUUAACUUUGUUUUUUAAAUCCAUGCAUAGAAAAUCCUUUAAAUAGAUUUUCCUGUAGUUGAGUAUGAAAUUUUGCAUAAGAGUUUAUUCAGUUUUUCAAAGCUUUUUAUUUAAGUUUAUUUUUGUGCAUUUAAUCUUUUACAUUGCAGUUCAGUUUUAAAAGUUGUUCAAUUUUUUUGUUGUUUUUUGAUCAGUUUUAUUUCUUUUUAAGAGCUUUAUAAAACGUUUGUGAAAGUAUAUAGUGUCAGCUUUAUGCAGUUUACAGUGUUUGUUUUUGCGGAGUUUUUAAUUUUAUUGUUGUACUACCCUGUUUAGUUAUUGUUCUACUGCCAGAGUAAAACAAAAGUUGUAUCG